UCUGCCUUGGAGUAGUCGGUGAAAGCGAGAGAGAUGAGCAAAUUGGAGGAGAUGAGUUGCGUUUACAAGAACCCAAAUGCGCCAAUAGAGGAUCGGAUCAAAAACCUUGUUUCUGGGAUGACCCUGCAAGAAAAGAUUGGUCAAAUGACUCAAAUCGAGCUCUGUGUUGCUACUCCCUCCGAUGUCAGAGACCUCUCCAUCGGGAGUAUGAUCAGUGGUGGAGGAAAACCACCUUUAGAGAAAGCAACGCCCUCCGAUUGGGCAGAUACAGUUGACAGGUUCCAGCAGGCGGCACUUGAUUCAAGGCUUGGAAUACCGCUUAUAUAUGGGAUUGAUGCGGUUCAUGGUAACAACAGGUUCUAUGGUGCUACUAUAUUUCCUCACAAUAUUGGCCUUGGAGCAACGAGAGAUGCUGAUUUGGCUCAAAGGAUUGGGGCUGCAGUAGCUCUUGAAGUCAGGGCAAGCGGCAUUCACUUUAACUUUGCUCCCUGUGUCGCUGUAUGCAGAGAUCCCAGAUGGGGAAGAUGCUAUGAGAGUUUUAGUGAAGACACUAACAUUGUGAGAAAGAUGACUUCCAUUAUUACAGGUUUACAGGGACAGCCACCCAGUGGACAUCCGAAGGGCUAUCCUUUUGUAGCUGGCAGAGACAAUGUUAUUGCAUGUGCCAAGCAUUUUGUUGGAGAUGGGGGUACUGACAAGGGUACAAAUGAGGGAAACACUGUAUCCUCAUACGAUGACUUAGAGAGGAUCCACAUGGCACCUUAUCUGGACUGUCUAAAUGAGGGAGUUUCAACAGUUAUGGCAUCUUAUUCUAGUUGGAAUGGAUGUAAACUUCAUGCUCAUCAUUUCCUCCUGACAGAUAUUUUGAAAGACAAACUAGGAUUUAAGGGUUUUGUGAUUUCUGAUUGGAAAGCACUUGACAGACUUAGUGAACCUAAAGGCUCAAACUACCGUCACUGUGUUUACACGGCAAUUAAUGCUGGAAUCGACAUGGUGAUGGUGCCUCAUAGAUAUAAACAAUUUAUUGAGGAUUUGACAUCCCUGGUUGAAUCAGGGGAGAUACAGAUGUCCAGGAUAGAUGAUGCUGUUGAAAGAAUACUGAGAGUGAAGUUUGUUGCUGGUCUUUUUGAAUAUCCCUUCUCUGACAGAUCUCUGCUAGAUAUGGUUGGCUGCAAGCUGCACAGGGAACUAGCCCGUGAAGCUGUUCGCAAGUCCUUGGUUCUAUUGAAAAACGGAAAGAAUCCAGGAAAGCCAUUCCUUCCAUUAGACAAAAAUGCCAGAAGAAUUCUUGUUGCAGGAACACAUGCUGACGAUCUUGGAUACCAGUGCGGAGGGUGGACACGUUACUGGCAGGGAAGCAGCGGCAGGAUUACAAUCGGCACAACAAUCUUGGAUGCCUUGAGAGAAGUCGUGGGAGAAAAAACAGAGGUGAUUUAUGACAAGUAUCCUUCACCAGACAGCUUUGCCAGGCAGAACUUUUCUUUCGCCAUUGUGGCUGUUGGUGAAGAACCAUAUGCAGAAUCUGUGGGAGACAACUCAGAGCUUAUAAUCCCCUUCAAUGGAAGUGAGUUAAUAAGUUCAGUUGCUGAAAGAAUCCCCACAUUGGUAAUCCUGAUAUCAGGAAGACCCUUAGUUAUAGAGCCAUGGCUUUUGGAAAAGGUGGAUGCUCUGAUUGCUGCUUGGUUACCUGGAACUGAAGGAAGGGGAAUAACUGAUGUCGUUUAUGGAGACUAUGAAUUUGAGGGUCGACUACCAAUGACAUGGUUUAGGGCAAUCAAACAGCUGCCAAUUAACAGCGAAGAUAAUUCAUGUGAUCCUUUGUUUCCGCUCGGCUUUGGAUUGACAUGCUGUUAAGGACUAAGCAGAAACCUGUAGGCUAAAUAAUUCAUGGCCCAGGCCAGCCAGUAGUGCAUGUUUUUUUCUUUCCUUUUUUAGCAAAACAUCUGGUCCAUGAUCAAAUUUCAUCCUUGAUUUUGCACUUUUCCUGAAAAGCUGCUCAUGAAUGAACUCAACCACAUUGUUGUUGCCCUGCAAUCUCUCACAGUUUCCAAG